UUAUGCUUUUCUUUUUAUUUAACAGUCUGGAUCAUGGAACACAGUGGAGAGAACAUGAGUAGAGAAGAACUCCUAAAAUAUUUCUUUGAUCUCACACUGGAUCCAAACACGGCACACAAUCUCCUGUCUGUUGCAGACGGCAACAAAAAGUUGGUGCGUAAUCCAGAUCCAAUGAUAUACCCUGAUAAUCCAGAGAGAUUUGACGGCCUUCCGCAGGUUCUGUGUAAAGAGCGUCUGUCUGGACGCUGUUACUGGGAAGCUGAAUGGAGUGGGUUGGGUGAUAUGGUCGUGUCAUAUGAAGGAAUCGGCAGGAAAGGUGAAGAUUGUGAAAGCAGGUUUGGAGCCAAUGACAAAUCCUGGAUUCUGAGCUGCUUCGGGGAGAAACUGAUUGCCUGGCAUGAUAAUAUGGGAACACACAUUCCUCCCCCACCACCCCCCUUAAACAAAGUAGCAGUUUAUCUGGAUGAGCCGGCCGGCAUUCUGUCCUUUUACAGCAUCUCUGACACAAACACACUCAGACACUUACACACAUUCAACACCAAAUUC